AUGAACAGCCAAAGUCUUAAAAAUGCCACUUUAGCGCCAGGAUGGAGACCAGAUGAGGUUGAAGUUUUAAAGGUAGCUUUAAUGAAAUUUGGAAUUGGUAGAUGAAGAAAAAUAAUGCAAAGCGGCUGCUUGCCUGGUAAAACUCCAAGCCAACUUUCGAGCCAAACCCAAAGGCUUCUUGGUCAACAAAGUUUGGCGGAAUAUUUACAUCUUCACCUUGAUAUAGACAAAGUUGCAAAACAUAACCAAAAUAAAACCGGUGUCAAAAGAAAAAGCAAUUGCAUCGUUAAUACCGGGAAAAAUCCCGACCCAGAAGAACUGGAAAGGCUUAGAGAAUUUAACCGCGAACAGUUUGGGUUACAGCCAACUGAUAUAAGACAACUGCAAAUUCCUAAAAUUUCGCUGCUCUCUCAGAUAUUGUCAUUUCAAGGAGAUCCUUUGACAAAAUUAAAGCAACUUUACGAGCUGAAAGGAAGAAUUAAAAAGCAAAAAAUAUAA